GCUAGCUUGACGCGGCUGAGUUUACGCAACAGGCCCACAGGACAUCUACUGCUACGGACUGAGUCCUGCUGGGAUCUCACUCUUGUUUGUUAAGUUCCGACUUUAACGCAUUGUUCAGUGUGUUCUGCAUCUUUCACACAACACCGCCAGAUAAAUGAGUCAGAUCACGUGUCAGCAGAUGAGGGGAAACCUGCUGACUGCAUCGUUUUUCAAUGGAAACACACUAAAAGGUCCUCUUUGUGGAACCUCAGACAUUUUCCAUCAUGCAGUUGGAGGCUCAGCUUCGUCUUUGUCAGAGUUGUCUUUGGUGCUACAAGAGCGGGCUGCGUCUGCUCUCCCAGAGCUACGCACACAGAAAAGCUGUGAAUCACUACGAUCGCCUGGGAGUCAAAUCCAAUGCGUCCUUGGAAGAAAUUAAAAAUGCAUUUUUUGACAAAUCCAAGAAGCUGCACCCAGACAGCGACCCAACCAACCCAGCGCUGCACAGCCAGUUUGUGGAGCUGAACGAGGCCUACCGAGUGCUGAGCAAAGAUCCGAGUAGGAAGGAGUAUGACUUUAAAAUCAGACAUUCAUACGGUGGUGGCCAGGCCUUCAGAUCUGACUCCAGUCACAGCAGCUACAGAGCCAGUACGAAUACCCAGGAGAACUUUCGUUACUGGGAGCAGUUUCGACAGUCUCAAGCACAGGAGAUGACGGCAGAGGAGUGGCAGAGGAGGAGGACGAGAAACUUUCGCCUGGUGGGCUACUGCUUCCUCACCAUAGCACUCAGCAUCGGAGCCCACGUCGUCUUCUUCAGGAAACUGGAAGAAGUUCACAAUAACUUCAUGGACGAGAAGGAUCGAGCCAUCACAGAAAUUUACAAUGAAUCCAAAGAGAAGGCCAAGGUCAACGGUUUUAAGAAACAGACAGAAAUCCUGCGGCGGAAACAUGCCGAGUUUCUGGAGAAAUACAACGUCCGCAAUGAUGGAGACAGCAAGUAGGAGACUCUCCAACUGUGCUCCGAGAUGAUGGAGUCUGAACUGCCAGCAGGUGGAGGGCUGCUGAAUCAAAGUGGUACUUGUUUGUAGGAUUUUAAAGUUUAUUUAUUUAAAGAAACAUGUUGAUGUGUUGGUCCUCAGGUGUGAUGCUGAGGACUUGAAGACACACAGAACAUGGGUGUGAUGUGGGAGGGUUUCAUCUGGUCGUACAUGGGUUUCUUCAUCAGACUGGACCUGGUCUGUUGAAACAUCUAUACUUACGAAUUAAUAUUUGAAGUGAUGUGACGGUCAAAAGGAUCCAGCUACAGCGUGCACACAAAGUUAAGGAUCCAUAAUGAACACAUUUAAACUGCCUCUAAUGAACUCACCGGGAAAUGAUCGCUGUUAGUCUGGCUCACAGACAACAGCGAAUUAACGCCAGAUGACAGUGGAUGAGUUGAUCUACUCAAGACCAAACACACCAGCUGCAUUGCCAAUAAGUUUCUUGCUGAAAGAGACUUUUAUGGAUAUAAAUAAUAUAUUAGUUUGCACACAAGAACAUUUCGGUGAUAUUCUCUAAGGUUUGAUAAGGCUGUUCAGGGGGAGAUUGAGGAGGUCGAAGUGUAACACGUGCAAAGUGAAGCGUUUUGGCAACAAUAGUUUGUCAAGCAAAUUCGUUAAAACAUGCUACAAUGCCUGUUUACUUCCGACAGUUAUGGAUCUUGGAACAUCACCAUCAAACUCCUCAUUGUUCCCUCUGUUGAACCAGGGUGUUACCAUGCAUAAUGAAAGGUCCUCGGUUUAUUAGAAACAGUCAGAGAAGAAGGAGGUCAGUGUUAUGACUCAUAAGGAGUGGUGCUGAGUAAUUUAAAUAUAGUCCCAACUAUUGUAUUACAAAUGAGACUAUGAAAAUGUUCACAUUAAAUGGAAAGAAGUACACUGGUUAUUUCAUCACUUUUAUCCUCUCAGUUUUUCGAUAUAAGAGAUUGUUGCCUUAUCUUUUACUUGAAGGGACGUCGGAGGGAAAUUAUUAAAAGAUAAACUUUUUCUUAUCAAUCAUUACUUCUCUGUGUUUUGUCUCUCAUUCACAUAUUCGGCUCUGGUUUUUGUAAUA